CUGGGGGACACCAUGGGGAUCAUGGCGAGUGCUCUGCAGAUGGUGGAAAAUGUGAUGGGUAAAAUCGUGCAAAAGUUGCUGAUGCCCAAGGUGGCACCUGAUUGGUAUGCUGGUACUCGCCGCCUUACAGAGUUUCCAGAAGCCUCUGCAGAAAGUCUUCUCCUCAUGGCUUUCGUGACGUUGGAAGUGCCUGACAUGGAGGUGGCCAUGGAUUUUUUCAUCGGACUUGGGGGCAAGGAGGGAACCGAGGUGGAUGGAGCUCGAGUGGUCCAGAUUGGCGCCAGUCAGCUUCGAUUGGUGUCCGGCUUCCCGCCGAGUCGCAGUGAUCUGGCCGCCUGGCCUGGGCAAUUCUACAUUUGGGUGGAAGACUCGAAAGCGACGCUGUCAUCAUGUCAAGCCUUCGAAAAGUCCUCUGGGAGUGAAGUAAUCCAGGAAGUGCACCAUAUCAAGGAAGAGGGGGCAGCGGAUGCCAUCAUUCUGCACGACCCAGCGGGGCAGAAUCUCUUCGUGGUGAAUCAGGCACCUGUGGGUGGCAUGGCCAAGACCAUGCGUUCCAUUCUUCCUGGCACCGACAAGGUCUCCAAUGCUCUGGCGCUUCUGGGGCUCACCUAUCCCAUUGCCGAAGGUCAGGCAGGUGGUGUGGUGAGGUUCUACUCACAUUUUCUCGGGGCCUCUGUCUCGAAGACGAAGCAGGACUGUCCCAUGCACGACGGUGAACAGUGCCAGUCACAGUCGCUCACCGAAAUGUCUGGGCAUCACCAGAAUACGGCCACACCUGUUUUACCAGAAGCAGCCACACCCGCAGACGCAGCUCUUGCCCUUUCCACUGACUGUCCCAUGCACGACGGUGAACAGUGCCAGUCACAGUCGCUCACCGAAAUGUCUGGGCAUCACCAGAAUACGGCCACACCUGUUUUACCAGAAGCAGCCACACCCGCAGACGCAGCUGUUGCCCUUUCCACUGAUUUAUCAGCACUAUGGCAUGGUAACUUGACCACACAGCACACAGAUACAGCGGUGUACAUCACACCAGAUGCCAAUGCAGGAUCAGUCACACUGGAUCACAACAUGCUCGUCACAAUGAUGGACAACCAGCUUACCGUUUUUGCAUUCGAAGGCACAGAUCUCAAAUCCUUUUGCAAAGACAGAUGCGACCGACAGGUUCUCUACGACCAAUAUGGUCGCAUUGCCAAGGACCAGAAAUUCCAUGACGAGCUGCUGAUCACUCCAUUUCCGCAGAAACAUUGCCAAUCAUGCAAAGAUGCGCUCACCCUUUUGGCAGCGUGUCACAAUUGCGUCAUCACAAUGCAAUAUGUGCAGCCAAUUGACACAAUUGUGGUGUCAUUUUCCGGUGAACAGGAAUCCAGAAAGAUCAUGGCAGAGCUUUAUGCAGGGGCCAUUCACCAAGACACACUUGAUGAUUUGAAUCGCACAUGCUAUGUUACCCAUGACCCUGUGAUGCCCACUACACAGGUGCAUUUUGCCCCAGCCGACACAGGGCUGCCAGUGCCUCCAGCUGUAAUCCCCAGAGUUCUAGCCAUUGCACUGACACGACGCAUGAUGGACACCCUCAUGACCACCGACGGAAUGCUCAUGCAACUCAAAUGGGAAUCCAGACCGUUGUGGUUUGGAAGAAUUGACCAGUAUGCCACCGCGGAAGUGGUCAAUGCCAUCCUUCAGCAAUCCAUGGCACCCAUGUGUAAACUGAAAGAAACCAGGCUGGUACACCGGGGAAAGCAAUUUGCCUCGGGGUUUUUCCACACAUGCAAACAAGAGAAUGCAGAGGAUAUCAUCUACACUUUCCUGAUCGCUCUGGAAAUGUCAGGAGGGGCGGGACCAGCAGCCACCAAGACGCAACUACGUCAGCAAGUUCGCAAUGGAGUAGCUGCAUGGCUUCUGGAAUCAGGCAUUGAGCUCACAUGGACACAUGACAACAUCGAGAAAAUCCUGGAUGAUGUAGGCAUCAAGAAGUUAGUGCCCAUUGUUGCGCAGCCAGCAUCCCAACGCCGUGACAGCCAGCUGCAUCAAGCUCUCAUUGAUGCCUCCAUUCAGCUUCCAAAGACACAGCCGAAGGUGAACAACUCACCGCAGAUCCUCAAGGCCAAAUCCAAAAGACGUGCCCUGCCAAGCUUGGACCCCAGUGACUUCAAGGUGGACUGCACGUACCUUCUGCAUGAAGAUGGACAGCCAACAACCCAGAUAUCCGAAUUCCGAGCCAACAAACAAGGAGUGUACAUGACUGAUCCCGCAGGUGCACUGCCCUGGCUUCGGGAGAACCAACAGUUAUCCACAGAUGAACUUGGAAUGCUGGUGUUAGGCCCUUUGCCAACCGACACCUCGCUGCCAACGCAAGAGAUAGUUAUCCCAUGCUACAACUCAGAUGCCAAUCAGGUGUUGCUUCAACUGACGCUAGUGCAGUUUGGAUCCAAGCAUCUCAAGAUGAAAGAUUGGGAUAAGACACCCAUGAAAGCAGCAACUAGCAAGGUCAUUUCGAUCACUUUGUGGCGACAGGACUGGUCUAGUGAAGAAUGGGAGGCAGCACUGCAACAUACCACACAAUUUGUCAAAGAUGUCAUGGUCACUGAGGGGCUGCAAACGGCCAUCACAAGUUGCUGGGGACGUUCGCUUCGAAAGGGACGACAACCUGCCACCAACAAAGAUGCCACUAGCAUACAAAUCCAUGCAGCAAUCGCCGAUGAUCAGUUUCUGCCAGUCCUCAAACUCAGUGGACACAACAAAUUGUGGAUGGCACCGAAAGGUGCAGAUGGCAAACUGACGGAUGAUUUCAAAGUCCUGUGGAUGGACAACGCAUGUGAUAUCCAAAAAGCCUCGGCGCUGACAGCCAAACUCAACGGAGUAGCAGGUGAUAGCCCCCCUGUGGGCUUGCUAGCGUUCAAUGGGCACCCUGUGCUACCACGACUUUUGCCACAGCGACAGGACAGCAAACAGCAGCCCAUUAUUGCGGGUCCAAGAAAAUCGGCACUCCCUUCAACACCAGCUGCAGCAAUGAGCUCAGAUCCUUGGGCAACAUACAUCAAGUCACAAGGCAGGCAGGUCACAGCAUUGAUGCCACCACCAGCACCACCCCAACAGGGUCUGAUUGAACAAAGAUUGACCCAGCAAGAUGAAAAAGUUGCAGCUUUGGAGCACAAGCUCGAGGCCAUGCAAGGUGCUCAAAACAAACAAGCAGAAUCUAUUCAGCAAGUGCAGCAGGAAAUCGCAAUGACAGAACAGCGCCUUGCCAAAACCAUGUUCCAGACCAUGGACCAAAUGAAAAACGAGUUGAAUCAGACAUUUGGUGAUGCGUUAACUGCCCAAAACAAGUCAUUCGAAGCCAACCUGCUAGCCUUGCAGAAGGCGAUCACAACCACAAAGCGCAAAGACCGGCCAAAGGAGUUCUUGGCCAAAGGUUGUAAAGACUUGAUAGGAAUGGACAGCCAUUCUCAGAUGCACCAGCUUUGGUAUGCCUUUUUGCAGAUGGGUGCAAUGCCAACCCGAACUUGGACCAGCCCCUUGGCCACUUCCCAGUCAGGUUCCACAGCGCAGGUCAAAGGACCUGCCACUGCGCUGAAACGAUAUUUAACCAAACUGUCAUGGACCAUGGACUCAGCAGGCAAUGUCCAUGCAGAUGCACUUAUAGCCGGUGCGUUCCAGUUAGAGACGCAAAAGGCCCAUUGGGCCGAAGGUGCCAGUGGACUCUGCAAAUUUUGCCAGCAACCUGACAGUCAUGCCCACAGAUUGCUUCAUUGUCCAACAUUUGAGGACACACGUUCCAUGCAUGCGACAGCACUGCGGCAAAUGGAAGAUGAAGGACCGGAAUUCGACAAACUGCCAGCCAUCACUGUGCAUCCUAUGGCUGCUAUGCACAGGGCACUGCAUUUUCAACAGCCUCCUCCAGUCAUAGCGCAGGAGUUCACACAAUUUGCAGACUGCAUCCUGCGUAUGGACAGGGAAUACCACAUGUACAUAGAUGGGAGUUGCGUUUUUCCAAGCUCCCCCACAACUCGAUACGCCGCAUUCGCGGGGGUGAUGGACAUGGCCAGGGAUGACGACCAUAGGCGUUCACUUGCGGAGCAAUUCAAGGUGCGGGGCAUUGUGCCCCCAACACUUAGGCCAUGCUUUGCCGGGCGGGUUAUAGGAGAACAAACUAUUAACCGCGCAGAGUUGUCAGCACUCAUCCAAGCGGCUAUGUUCUCGCGAGCCAUCCUGCACACGGAUAGCCAGUAUGCAUGCAAUAUGGCACAGGAAGUUGCCCAACACAAGCCAAUCGGACCACAAUGUGCCAAUAGAGACUUGCUCACAGCCCUUCGUGCCGCACACAUCGACCCAGCCAGGGUUCGAAAAAUUCGAGCCCAUCAAGACUUGGCGGGAAUCACAGACUUGUUGCAACUCUACCAUGCUUUGGGUAACACCAUAGUAGAUGAAACUGCAAAAAGAGCGUGCCAAGAUCUUGCCAAGCCGUGGCAAGCUGAGUUGCAGGCUUUUCAUAACCAGAUUCAGUAUGAGCGUGACUUGUUGCAUGAUGUUUACCUGUUAUAUUUGGAACUCAGCACAGCCCGUAGCGUUGCUGAAAAACAGUUGACCCGACAGGAAGACACCACCCUGCCACCAGCGGCGAAGGUGCCAGAUGACAAAAUCAUGUUGGCCGUUGCCAAUUGGCAGCCAGAUGACGUUUUUGCCAUGCAGAAGCCUGCCACCAUGGAGUGGACACCGUUUUUUUCAUGGGGCAGCGACCUUGCAAUGAAAAUUGUUGCGUGGAUGGAGCAAAUACGAUGGGUCAGUGAGGGACAGGGUCCGCUUGAGAAGGAGAUGGGGAUCUCCUGGCUCGAACUAGCCCUAAGUUUUUCUAUGUCGAUUCAACGUGCUUUGCCAAUUUUGCGUAAAAAUAACUUGGGACAAACUAGGUUGCUUCAUGUGGAGGACCAAGCUGAUGUUGCUGCACACAGUGUGACUUUGAACGACCUGGCAGCCACCUUCCAAAAAAUGUGGUGUCAGGCCGAAAUUUGGAUCACUAAGGAUGUUUUUCCCCCAGCCAAAAAAGGACUUCAACCGAGCUUGUUUUUGCAACACUUCAAACAAUAUACCAGUGGCAUUAGUCCACGACCUGUCAUUCCAUACCAGCGUGAGGUUGAAAACAACGAGGCGCACUUGGAAGACAUGAAGCUCUCGCAAAGCGAGAAUGGUAUCACUAAGGUCUACCCGCCGAAAUGGCGGAGCUUCAAGGCUGCCAGUGUGGGUGUCAUGAUCGGAGAUGAGAUGCUUGCCAUUGGCGCAGGCAAAGCAAAGACCUUGGAGGAGCUGAGUUCCACCGAAGUCCGGAAGUUCAUGGCUGAGGUGCGGCCCCUGAAGAUCACCUUCCGCCACGGCGCGGUCAGCGAGCGGCGCCACGUGAGCGUCCUGCGGCUCCAGGCGUGUUUCCGUGGUGAGCUGCUCCGUGGGCAACUACGGCGCAGCCCAGAGGCGGCUGGUGGUGGCCGAAAAAGCAUCGGUGUGGAGAAAUACCAUGGGGCUGACGCUUUGCGCGACGCCCUUCAUGCUGCCGCAAUGGCCGCCAAGACUGCGCCCGCCAGCGCCGGUGCUGCGGCGACGCUCGACGAACGGUGGUGGCGGGUUCCAAACGGGCGGGUAGGCUGGAAGGGCUGGAAGGGCUGGAAGGGCUGGAAGUGGGCAGCCCUUGGCUCGCUGACCUUGAACGGCGUGUCGCUGCCGCUGCAGAUGGAAAGCCUGGCCGAGGUGGUGGCAGGCGCUAUCGCCCAAGACGAUUCCCAAUCCUUCGCCACUUCAGAGGCUGCUUCCUGCGCGUGGGCAACGAAGAUUCUGCGGAGGCCAGCCGAGUGGCUCUGCGUGCUGCUGGGACACCAAGUGGCUUCAAGUGGCGGAAAGAUGUUGGGUACCGGGGCGCAGCACUCUGGCCACGGCUACAACCACGAGACUGAGAUCCUCAGAAUGGUGGACUCGAAUUUCAUCAAGCUUUGGGACCGCUUGGACGUGGCUGAGGUCUUACAGGGAAAAUCCAAGAGUCGUUUGGCUGCAGCCCAGUACGCUAUAACACAGGUUCACAAUCGCUUCAAGUUGACGAAGUUCUUCAAGAAAUGCUGCUACCUGCUACCGGAUUGCUUGUCCUUCCUCUUCUUGGACAGGCCCCAGCAAGGAGACACACUUCUCAGCUGUGGCAAUAAGCCCAUCCAUGGAAGUUCUUGA